AUGCCAGCUCCUGCCGGCAACUGUUCCACGUCGGCGGCGUUAUGCUUGCAAUUUUUGACCCAUGUCGCCAAUGUCGCUGUCGAAAACGCUAUGAAAGGCGUGGAACCAGUUUAUACUACACAAAGAACAAUCGUUCAAAUGCAUCCGGUAAUGUCGGCAUGGCCGAGUGCACCACCUGCAAUGCCAUCCAAAUUCAGCUCAUACGUUGAAGCCGGGAGUAAUGUGCGAGGACUUAACUCACCUACCCUCCAUCCAGGAUCAUUCGAACCAUAUUUGGCACCAAACACAUAUCGUCUCUAUACUAUGCGCUUCUGUCCGUAUGCUCAACGAAUGGUUAUUUAUGUGGCAAAGAAAAAUAUACCAAUCGAAAUUGUGAACGUGAACCCGGACAAAGGACCAAACUGGUAUUUGGCAAAGUCACCACUUGGAAGUGUUCCUGCUCUAGAAAUAAACGGGAAGGUAAUAUGGGAAUCUAAAGUACUAGCAGAAUACCUUGAUGAAGUGUUCCCCAUGACAUCAAUACUUCCUCGAGAUCCAUUUGAAAAAGCUCAACAAAAGGUCCUUGCCGAACGCCUUUCACCGUUGAUGAACGUCCUGUUCGACUUGUUCAACUCGAAUACGCCUACAGCUCAGCGUAAAACGGACAACUCACUUCACUCAGCACUCCGUGGUGCAGAAGCUUUACUCACUGACAGCUUCUACGGAGGUCGCACACCCGGUUUUCCAGAUUACAUGCUAUACUUCCCCGGUCUCCAUUAUCCACGGAUGGGUGCUUACAUUGCCCGGAUGCAAAGCCAACCAGAGAUAAAAUUCGCUAUGCGGCCUUUAUCCCAUCACAAAGCCUAUGUGGAUAGUUUCGCUGCAGGCAAUCCUAACUAUGAUUACGGUAUUUAUCAGAGUGGAUGA